AUGUCUCGCAGAUUUUUAUUACUACUUUUAUCGCUUGCAAGUGUUUUUCUGAACAUCAACUGUGCGUCUGAUCGAGUCGUAAAUCCGAAGUGGAUAAAGCCUGGAGCAUUGGACCGCUGGGAGCAGGAGCAGCAACAAAAACAGCGCCAGCAAACGGAAGAAUCCUGCGAAGCACGGCUGCCGAUACAAUGUGAUUGUCCAGCAUUGCCGGAACCGGCUGCAACCUCUGAUAAAACCGAUGCAGACAAAGAGCAGGAACUGGCUGUGGUUCUCAAUCGUAAAAUUGUGAAUGCUCUAUUCGACAGCGAUGGUUUACGGUUGGACGAGAGUGGCGACUUUUAUCAAAGCGAGCUGACGUUAACGAUUACCCAUCGGCAGCUGGAAAAGUUGAAGAAAAGUGACGCAAGUGUUAAGAGCAUCGAUUCGAUCCUGUCGGAAAUCUUUGAACAGUCUUCGAACAAACGGCGCAAAAUCUUGUGGCGAGAGAAAAAUUGCGAACGAUUACAUUUUUUUCUACUAAAUAUUGCAGAAUCUGUAUUUUUACAGACCGUGCUACCGAUAUUGCUCCUCCUGAGCGCGUGCUACUUAGUGCGUUUGAUAGCCCGUUUCACGCACAUACAGCCCAUCGUGGUAUUCUUUUUGCUUAUAAUAUGUUCCACAAUAUGCAGAAAGUGGGUCGCAUGUAAUGACAAUUUGGCGAAAAAAACAUUGCAGCAUCUGGGCAAGGACCCCCGCGAAACUUCAUCCAGCCUGUGGGGACGUUUCACAAGCGUUUUUGGUUCUUCUAGUGGGCAAAUCUGCGACCCAGUGCAAGUGCUCGUUGAAUCAAUGGUUUCACUGCAAGCUGGCUAUUUAAAAGCAUCCUUCAAGGAACUGGUGGACACGUUCAAAGAGAGUACAGAAGGAGCUGGGUACAUUGAAACGAUUGUGAUCGGGUUUUUGCUACUGGGCUUUGCAUACAUCCUGAUCACCACGUGUCUGGAUGUUGGCAUUCGUAGCAGUUUUCUAAUGGUCGGCAAUGUGGUAAGCCGGGGAAUACGUGGAUCAACCACAACUGGUGCCCAUGCUGGCGAUCAAAACCCACCUCAGUUGCCGGCAAUGAAUUUCAACAUUCACAUAAAUGAUACAGCAGCUCGCGUAGUACCUGCGAUAACCGAAGUAGUAAGAACCGACACUCAACGUAUCGAGCUGGUAACAGAGGCAAUAACUGAGGCUGCCAUCAAACCGGUUGAAGAUGGAUCUGGAGAUGCGGAUGAAGCAAAUACGGCAAAAGCUAUUGAGUCACAUCCUACGCCAGGGGCAGGCAAUGAAAGCCACGAACAGAAUAAAACGGAACGGCAAAUAAGCAAUAAGACUGUUGUUGAUGAUACUUAG